AUGUCUUCUAUCUGGCCUCCAGCAAGCAUCAAUGAGUUUGGCAUCGCUACUUUGUCUCUCGGAAAUUGGAGAGCGCACCGGCUUACACCUCGACUCGAAGCAGCUGCCGAGGCCGGCUACCAAUGGAUUGAUCUUUUCGACGAGUGCUGGGCGGCCUAUCUGGAGGAACAUGGACUUCCCGGUGAUCAACUGUGGGAACCAACUCCUGAGAAUCUCCGUGUUGCAGGCAAGCUAGGUGAUCUUGUGAAGUCGUUGGGAAUGCGCAUUGCUUGUACCCAGCCUUUGCGGAAGAUUGAGGGUGUGAAAGAUCCUGCUGAACGCCGCGCAACCCUUGAUAUGGUUGCCAAGCGAUUCCCGUUCAUGCGUGCUUUCGACACCGAUCUCGUGUUCAUGUGCGCCAAUAUUCGCACCGAUGAAGGAGUAACCUCCGACCUAAAAACCGUUGCUCGAGAUCUCGCAGAGCUGGGGGAUAUGGCAGCUGCGUAUGCAAGGAAAGAUGGGGGACGGAUGCUCAAGAUCGGUUAUGAGGGUCUCUCCUGGGCGGCAAGAAACACAUGGUCAGCCUCGUGGGAAGCGGUGAGGUUCGCCAACCGUCCAAAUGUCGGCUUGAUCGUCGAUGCAUUUAAUGUCCUAGCUGUGGAGUUCGCGGACCCUUACAACCCAGCGGGACAUGGGCGCAUAUAUCCGACUCUAAAUGAGUCCCUCGAUGUUCUCGCAGGAUCUCUGGCAUCCCUUGCGCGCAGCGUUCCAGGGGACCGAAUCUUCUUUUUCCAGUGCGGUGACGCAGAGCUCGUCAGUCCAGCAGCAUUCCAUCCACCGGCCGACCCAUCGACCCCGGCUCUUCUACCCUGGUCGAGAAAUCAUCGUCUGUAUCCUUUAGAGCAAUCACUAGGGGGGUAUAUGCCCGUCGAGCUCGUAGCCGCUGCUGUGCUUGCGACGGGGUACAAGGGACCGAUGUCCCUCGAGGUUUUCAACACGUCUCUAAAUCAACCUGUCAAGGAUGUCCCAAGAGUGCAUGCCUCUCGUGGUAUCGUCAGUCUGCAAAUAUUGACGCAGGUUACAAGAGAAUUACCUCCUUUCUGGCAAAGCCAAGCCGAUGCGCAGCAAGCGAUAUCUACAGUCGCCCGACGUUUGCGAGGAUCGAGUCAGAGGCUAUAG